GAUGCAUUCAAAAGUUUACAGAGUGUCAAAGGAAAUUCAACUGUAAAUAUCCUUAACAAAAAAUAUAUAUAUAUAUUGUUGACAACAAAGGUCUGAGAAGAUCCAUUAAGUAAAGGUAAAUAGAAACCAGAAGAGCAGGUUUAACUUUUACUUGGCCUUCCCAGGCCUGUCGUGGGCAGGUUCUGCUUGUGCUAGAUGCAAAAUACUAUAAAAGCUCCAGUUCGAAUAGAUGCAGCUGAUCCACAACAGUUCGCUGACUGUCGCCGUAAAAUGAAUUUCACAAUCCGAACGGCAACCAAAGCAGACUGUAAAGACAUAUGGCGACUGAUCAGGAGUUUGGCACUUCAUGUAAACAUGCUGGACCAUAUGAAACUGACACAUGAGGACCUGGAGCGGGAUGGUUUCAGCCAGAAUCCUUGGUUUGAAUGCCUUGUGGCAGAAGUACCGGAGAAGAAUAAAUCAAAAGACGGUUUCAGAACGGUGGGUAUUGCAAAUUACUGCUACAAAUACAAUACAUGGAGGGGACGCUCAGUGUUUUUGGAGGAUUUUUACGUGAUGCCAGAGUUCAGAGGUUUUGGCAUUGGAAAUACUCUGCUGAGCACGCUUGCCAAGGAGGCGAGACAAAAACAGUGCGUGCACCUGGAUUUGAUGGUGACAGGCCAAAACGGUCGCUCUCGAGCUUUCUACGCUGCAAAAGGAGCUCAGGACAUCACUGUCACAGAUGACUGGCACGUGCUGCGCUUCGACGCGCAAAGCCUUGACAAGAUCGUUUCAGGAGGCCCUUUUGCAAAAUGAAAUACAGAAUGCCACGUGAAUGGCAUUUGUGCGCAGAAGGAAAAAUAAACGUGAACAUUUCAAAUCGGGGUUCCCACUGUCGUCAUCACGUCUGCUGCGGUGCAUUGUCGUUCAUGUAAUUAUCGAUUUUAUUAACCGUUUUAACAUAUUUAUGUUAAAACGAGGAACGACUCCUACUAGUUUCCUGGAUAUUAACAAAAUGCAUUUGAUACAGCUAUACUACUAUACUGAUAAGUUUGUAGUGGGAGUGCAACUCUGCUAAAAAUUUUCUAAAGAACUUCUAAAGAACUUUCGGACUUUCUACAGAAAUUCUAUAAAAAAAAAAACUCACAGACAAAAUUCUAUGGAACAAGUUGUUCUGCUGUAAAAUUUCAAAAUCCUAAAUAUCACUCAUUUGGCAGUGGCUGCAGUACUUCCAAUAUGUGGCAGGAAGGAAUGGAAAACUACAGAAUUUUGCUAACACGUCAUCGGCACUGUGAGAGUUUGGUCAGAAGAGGGCGAUAUUUUUAUAGAUUAAAGACAAUGUAGCAGGGGACGUACAUUUAAGAAACAAACAAACAAACAAAACCAACCAACCAAACAAACAAACAAAAGAUUUCUCACUUGUCCCAAAGCUAAGGUAGGGAGGAAUUAUUCUCAACGUAUGUACUGUAUUAUCGACACGCCGGUCCAAGUUUGAACCCCUUUACACCCCACAUAAAUGACUUCAAUGUUACAACUUGCCCGUAUUUGUGGCUAGAGAGAAAAUUUCGUCAAAUUUGUUUGUAGAUCCACUUUUUGUUCGUAGAGAACUGUAAAUCAUUACAAAGUGAGUUGGUUUGGCUUUUAUUUCUCUAAAAAAAAAAAAAAAAAGUGGAGAACGUUCACAUUUAUAUUUAGCCUCAAAAUUACAGUACAGCAUAAAUUCUUCACAAGGGAAAAAAAAUACACUUUGACUUUUAUUUUGUCCUUAUAUGAAAAAUACCAAAUAGUAUUACUUAGUUUUUGCAGUAUUAACCCCCCCCAUUAUGUUGCAUACCUCAUUAGAGCAAGGUUGGCUUUGUACAAAGCAGAAAAGGGCCUUUGCGCGCAGAACUUUUUUUGAGUUACAUGCAUAGAGGCCAACUACAUAAAUCACCCUCUUCAUCAUAUCGGUGCAGUGGGAUGCGUGGAAGAGGUUUGCGCCUGAAACACAAAGGGCGGCGGGGGUGGGGCCGACAUUUCAAUCAUUUACUUUUGACCUCCAGCCUAUUUAGUCCCGAGUGUGGUUUUCCUUUAAACAGUGGCGGCUAACAAAUUGACAUCUGUGGUGAUGAUUUUUGUACAAUUAACUAUCACAAAUAUGGUGCGUGAGAACAUUUGGACUUAAAAAGAACCACUAACCUGAAUAGACUUCAAAAAAACAGACUCCUUAGAGUAUCGCUUUAAAUGCACAGAACUGUACAGGCACAGAUAUAUAUAUAUAUAUAUAUAUAUAUA